AUGGCUUCAAUCAUCGAAAUGCCAGAAUUGGUCAUGGAAAAAAUGAUUGGAUUUUCAGACUUUAAAGCUGUUCUGACCCUUCGCCAAGUGUGUCAUAAUUUUCGAAAUUUCAUCGACGAUUUGAAUGAUUCGAAGUUGCCGGAUUCGAAAUUCCAAAAAAUUAAAUUUGUAUCUGACGAUCGCAGGAUAGCGUUUGAACUUGUGGAGUCCAAGAAAUCGCCUAAUUGUAUUUUAUAUUCUAAAGCUCAACGGUCUUUUCAUGGAAAAACGGAAUUCUUUGGAUAUCCGAAUAUUUUGAAUGUUGCAGUUCGAGACCUGGAAUUGGUUUUGAAAUUUCGAAAGUCUAUUUUGGAACGGUUGUAUUUGGAAUUCGACAAUGUCCAUCUUUACGGUGGUUCAUUGGUUCAUACUGUACCAAUCAAGCUGAGCAAUAUGUUUGAAAAGCUCAAUCGAAAUGUCAAAACAAGAACAUUGAGUAUCAAAACAAACGAUCCGUCUCAAAUAAUGAAAAUUUUAAAAUUUGUGGAUCCAGGAACACUGAAAAUUAUUGAGUUGUCUUCAUUGGAUGACCAAAUGGAGAUCGAAAUUGACGAAUUUGUGAAAACUGAGCAUUGGAAAAAAGCUGAGGGGAUGCGUUGUGGAUUUGAUGUGUUGAACCUGAACGUUAAAGACAUCUGCCAUUUUUCAUCAUGUUCUAUUAGAACGAGUUCAAUUACUGCACAAGAAUUGGACCUUUUGAAAAAGACUUUCUCCAGCUCUUCAAAACUUGAGUAUUGCCGUUUGGAGUUGAGAACUUUCAACGAAGAAAUGUCCAACUUGUGGGGCCCUGCGAACAUUUUCGGUUCUAGUAGUACUUGGUACUUCCAAAUGGAAAAUUCGGAUGAUAAAAUUCUGCGCAUCGAGACUUAUCAGAUUCCUCAAGAACAUUUGCCUCGAAAAUUUGUUAAGUUUGAUAUGGUUGAUAGAAGUACAUGGUUAUAA